AUGAGACACUUGGUGAAGGAGUACGCAGAUGACAUCAACUACAACAAAGUACUGGGGUAUUCGACGCAACAAAUAUUGUUUCUGAAUAAUGAAGGGAACGGACUUGGAGGGUUGUCAGAAACACUGAAAUCUGGUGAGAACAAUAAAAGCACAAAGGGAGCUAAGGUGACUGAUUUUACGAAUUUUGGGGCACCAGAAAAACGAGCGCUGCCUUUUGGGUUCCAACCCACCACAUUUAAACCACUCUCACAGACAAUGAAAGAAGCCCUUGAAAGACAUCAACUGCAACUUGAGAAGGAUAUUGAAAGGCAACGCGAAUUGUUACAGAAACAAUCGGAAUUGAGUCCAGAUGCUGUGUUUGCACAAAACUCGCCUUUUUUGGAAAUGUCGUGUUUCACUGAUGAUAUUGAUGGGGUUCAAGGGAAGAGGGCUCCAAACACAAACACUUUUGAUAACAAAGAAGGGGAUGACUUGGAAAUGAGCCAAGAGGAAUAUAAUCCUGAAAAUGAUUCAGAAGGAGCAGAUAACGUUGAUGAAUCGGAUCAAUCAGACACUUCCACACAGUCUGAAAACAACCAAAUGGAGAGUGAAGGUGGUACCGAAGAAGAAAAGGUUCAAGAGAAGAAUCAGAACGAAGAAGUUAAAACAAUGAAAGAAAAUGGAAUUGAGACUGUUCGAUCCACCCCACAACAACAAAGCAUUCAACUCGUUGAACAACAAUUACAAGAGAAAUCACUCCAACAAAAUGUUGAACCAAAACAUGUCGUCUCCGAACCAACAAAACCUAUUGUAUUUCCUGUGAUCAAAGGAAUCAAAUUUGAACCACCACAACGACCAAAGGGUUCUGAACCCCAAACUCAAAUUAAGGCGGAACUUCCACAACGAAAGGGUAAUACUAAUUGUAAUGCAAAAAUUGAUAAGAAACAAAACCAAUCGAAUGAGACUAAAAAAGAAGACACCAACAAAGAUAACUCGAAAAAUAUAGUUGGGACGUGCCAACAACUCGAGAAACACUAUUUGAGACUUGUGAAGGUGAUCACACCAGACUCAGUAAGACCUUUGGACGUCCUUCAAAAGGCGUUUGUGUUUGUCGGGAAUAAGUACAAAAGCGGAGAAAGAGAUAUUAACUACUUCCUUGACCAACUCAAGUCGAUCAGACAAGACUUGACUGUCCAGGGUAUUGUUAAUCAGUUUACAAGAGAAGUUUAUAUCGCCAACUUGAUUACCGAAUUGGACAACAACGAUCUCACUGAGCUUAUUACAUGUGUGAAGAAACUCAUUGAAGUCGAUGGUGUAUUAUCAAUACACGACGACACGCAUAUCAUCUUUUUGGCUAUCAGUUUGCUCUAUUCACACACCGGACUCCAGAAGAACACAAUGUCAAUCAAGGCAUAUAACGACUUACUCGGUCAUAUCAAAACAGAGGUUCAAAACCCUCUUUUAUUAAGUGUUUGCGAACUCUUGAAGUAUUACUUCUGUGGCGAGAUGCGGUCGGUUUUACUUAAAGCGUACAGUGGAACGUUCCCGACGUUGGUUAUGAAAUUUAUUGAGAAGAAUAUUGUGCCGUCGGCUCGGAUGAUGUUGUUUGAGUCGGUUUUAAUGACGUUCAAAGGAAAAUUGUCGUACCAAUAUGUGAUGACAGCGAUGUGUUUUAAAGCAAAUGAUAUCAACACGUUCAAAGAAUUUCUAAACGACGCUAAAAAGCAGCUCCGCUUUACGUACGACAACCAAAACGAGAACAUAUUUUUCAAUUGA